AUGGCUGACGCACCUCCUCCCACCCCAUCGGAGCUCCUUCGUAUGGUGACUGAACUUCAACAGGCAAAUCAGCGCAUGGCUGAGGCUAACGAGCAUAUGAGAAACGAGAAUCAACGGAUACAACAACAAAUCGAGCAAUUAAUCAACGCCCGCAUUGAACAUGGUAACAAUCAUGAUGAGCGAAAUAAUGACGAGGAACAUCGCACACAUGUGUCGGAGACACCUCAGGACGAGGAAGGCGGCGGUCCGCACGACAGCGAAAAAAGAGCCGAAACCGAUAAGGACGAGCUUGACAAUUCCACAGGACCAUUCACGGCGGACAUCAUGAAUUUCCAGCUACCUAGGCAGUUUACUCUACCAACAACAUUGACUCCUUAUGAUGGAUUGGGAGACCCAAAGCAACACAUCAAGAAAUUCCGAUCAAUUAUGAUUGUUAACGGUGUAUCUGAUCCUAUUCUAUGCCGUUGUUUUCCUUCUUUUUUAGAUGGUCCUGCACUUGACUGGUUUUGCUCUUUGCCUGCAGAUUCUAUUUCCCGAUUUCAAGAACUGGCAAAGCAGUUUGAGGACCAUUUUGCAGCGUCCGCUAUUUACCUACAUGACUCGGACUAUUUGACAACUGUUAAACAAGGCCCUCAAGAAAGCCUAAAGGACUACAUCACCCGUUUCACAAAGAUAGCGAUGAGGAUCCCCGACCUCCAUCCUGAAGUCCACCUACAUGCUAUUAAGAGUGGGCUCCGUCCAGGGAAAUUCCAGGAAGCUAUCGCGGUAGCUAAACCAAGAACCCUGGCCGAGUUCCGCGAGAAGGCUAAAGGACAAAUAGACAUCGAAGAACUCCGUCAAGCUCGGAAAUCAGAAAAGUCGGCAAUCACCAAAGACGACGAGAAGCCCCGCGAAACUAGAAAAAACUUCAAACCAGUACCCCGAUACGAGUCAUACACACAGUUCAACACCAAGCGAGACGACAUUAUCAAGGAGAUAUUAAACUCUAAGCUGAUCAAACCUCCACGGAAAGCCGGGAGUUAUCCAGAACCAAAAAAUGUUGAUAAAUCCAAGUAUUGUACAUUCCAUCAGAAGUUCGGUCAUACAACCGAUGAAUGUGUGAUCGCUAAAGAUCUCCUUGAACGUUUGGCGAGAUAG